AUGUGCUACUACGGCAACUACUAUGGAGGUCUGGGUUAUGGCUACGGCGGCCUGGGCUGUGGCUUUGGUGGCUACGGUUGUGGUUAUGGCUGUGGCUAUGGAGGCCUGGGCUGUGGCUAUGGUUGUGGCUAUGGCAGAUACGGAUAUGGCUGCUGCCGCCCAUCUUGCUAUGGAAGAUACUGGUCUUACGGGUUCUACUGA